GGAGCAGACGCCCGCCACGCCGCCAUGCGCCCACACCGCCACUGCGACACCUCCGGCGCGACAGCAGGUGAGACAAUAUCCUCACACUAACAACCCCACGACGGAUUCAGUUCUGCAACUGGGUACGUACUUGGAACACAACGGAGACACUUUUGGGAAUGCCAAGUGGAACGCUUUGCUAACACGGAGUUUUCACGAAGAGAUGCAGCAACAGGAACCACGAUGCACCUCCAUAGCUGUCGGCACCAUAAGGUCCUGGCCGUCGUGUUGCUGUUGCUUCAGGUGGCUCUGCAGCCUGGAGUGGAGGCGCACGCCCGUCUCAUGGACCCGCCUGCCCGGAAUUCCAUGUGGAGGUUCGGCUACCUGACACCCGUCAACUACAACGACAACGAGCUCUACUGCGGCGGCUUCACCGUGCAGUGGCAGCAGUACAACGGCAGCUGCGGCCUCUGCGGCGACAGCUUCGGGGAGCCCAAGCCGCGCCCACACGAGGCUGGCGGGCUCUACGGCAAAGGCGUCAUCAGCAGGAACUACGUCACCGGGCAGGAGAUUCAAGUUGAGGUGGACCUGACGGCUAACCACUAUGGCUAUUUCGAGAUGUUCAUCUGUCCGAACAACAACCCGAAGUUUGAAGUGGAUGAGGAGUGCCUCAGAAGGAAUCCGCUGAUCGUGGCCGGCACCAGGAACGAGACGCGUUACUUCAUACCGCCGGGCACGAAGAAGAGCGAUACACUGCGCUAUAAGGUGCGGCUGCCGCCUUUCGUGACGUGCACCCAGUGCGUCAUACAGUGGAAGUACGUCACAGCGAAUAACUGGGGUCUGUGCGCCGACGGGUCGGAGGCGGUGGGCUGCGGCCCUACGGAGACGUUCGUCAACUGCGCGGACGUGGCCAUCGUGACCGCCAUCGGCGGCCUGCCGCCAUCCUUCGUCAGCUCGCAGGACAACCCGCACCUGCUCUACUACCGCGACUUCCGCACGCCCGGCGCUGUCGCCCCGCUCGUAAUCAGGGCGCAGGUGUGCGAGCCGACGGCGCUGUAUCGCUCGCUGCCCGGCAUGGACGAGUGGUGCCAGACCAACUGCCUGCGGUACCCACCCAACUGUCCUCCCGAGCUCUGCCACUGUCCGCGCACGUGCGACGCUAUCGGCGAACUGGAAGGCCGAGAGGGCGCCGACGAGUACUGUAUGGACCAGUGCCUGGUGUACCCGCCGCGCUGCCCCAGGGACCGCUGCUUCUGCUACUGACCACGACAACACACCUGGCCACGUCUCCACGGCCCGCUGCACUCACGUUUAGGAUCAGCACUCUGCAACUCUAAGUUCUCCGAAAAGUCUACUUGCUCCGCAAAAGAUUUCAUUAUUUUUUCGUCAAUUUGAAGAGCUCUUGCUCUUUUAUUUGUACUCGUAGUUAGAGACCAAAUUUUUCUGUGAAGAGUAGCUCGUCUGGAACGAUGAUGUGUUGACCUUUUUACGUUAUCAUUUUUGUCGAACGAAACAACUACAACUUGCCAAGUACAUAAUAAGACAUUUGGACAAUACGUGUGGCAGUUGGAGCGCCGUCUCUGUACAAAAUUCCGAAUAAUAUCGUUGUUACCAAAAUACAGAGUGCUCCUUGCAGUUGGAACUCCUUUUUUCUGACGUGGUGUGACAACAAGUAUUAGCCUUAAAGGAAUAGCAGUGGAAAGGUUGUGGCACUCAAGUAAUAGUUGUCUCACCUUCCAGACUAAUUUUCAGUUAUCGAAUUAAUCAAAUGUUACUUGGACCUGUCAAUGAAAAAUAAUGAACACUGAUGCAAUUGAACUGCUUUCUUGAACGUAUUACAUCAAACGUAAAUCAUGUAUCCCGUUGUUACGGGAUAAGUGUAAGACGGAACUGCGGUUUUCAAAUUAUCAACAAUAAAGCACUUCCCGAAUAUUUCUAUGUUCCCUAAACAUAAUCAUUUCAUUGCCUCCAAACUCACGACACGUAGAUAAAUACGCACAACGUUCAGCUCAGAUUCAGUUAAAUAUUGCUAUGAAGCUCAAACUAAAAGUAAAAAGAAAUGCUUCUAGAAGAAAACUAAAAAUGUAUGUGUCAACGUAUCAAGAAGAUGGAGAGUUAUGUUAUAUUUGUAGUCAUUCCAAAUGAAACAAACAAAUCAUACUAAUAGUUCCAUCAGAAAAUUUGUUAGAGGGCACAAAGGAUGCGCAAGUCUUUGUCAAGGCUAGAAUAAUGGCUGCCAUUCUACAGAAUUGCGUAAUGCAUCUGAGAAAAAGAAAUUUCUGACUUCAUACUUAUUUCUUGUUUUUUUUCACAUAAUCAGAGUUAGUCAUUCUAUUUCGUAAUAUAUUUCAUUUAAACUAUUGUACAUGCUCCACCUUCAAGUUUUGAAAAUUACACGCUUCUCUUAAUUGACUGUAAUCACGUUUAACUAGUCAUUUGAGAUGAUUAAAUCUCGGUUUUUGAGAUCCGCUACGCAAUUCUGUAGAACUGGAUACGGUAUUGUAGCCUUGGUAAAGACUUGCUCAUUCUCUUUGCCCUCUAACAAAUUUUCUCAUGGUGAGGUACUUAUAAUUUAAUUGUUUCAUUUGGGAUGACUACAAAUAUAACAUGACUGUCCAUCUUCUGCCUCUUCACUUGGUAUGUCAACAUAUCAAUUUUCAGUUUUCUUCUAAAUAUAUUUCUGCUUGUUUAAGUUUAAGCUUCAUUGUAAUAUUUGACUUAACAUGAUCUGAACAUUCCUAAAAAAAUUAGAUUUAUCAAAGAGUUUCCCAUCAGCUGACAGUUUUUAAGAUAUUUAAUUGUAACUACACAAUUUAUUGUUUUUGCUCUUAUAGUUUUCCCAUGAUUUUAAUAUCAACUAUGUUCGACUCGUCACACUACAUUAUAAUUCACAAUUCUAUACAUAGCUACAAAUUUCUGUUUGCAUUCGGUAGAGCAGUUCAACUCAACUGUCCUGACUGCAAGCAUCAUUAAACAUCAUGAAAUAUCUGGACUAAAUACUUAAAAAAAUUGCGGAGGAAUUUCUGAAACAUUACAAAUUACUUUGGAAAGAUCCUAGAAUAGUCAAGAAGGUAAAAUACGUGAAUGGGUUAAAAAUAAGAGUUUACCAAAAAGUUUCUGUAAUUUAUGUGUCACUUGCAACGAACUACAAAAACAGUAGCAAAUUAUAUUGUGCGAGCUAUAUGAUUUGCUCGAAUUUUCGGCCUCCUAAAUUCAGUUAAACUGCUGAAUCAUUAUAUAUAUAUAUAUAUAUAUAUAUAUAUAUAUAUAUAUAUAUAUAUAUAUAUAUAUAUAUAUAAACGAGGUAUGUUUUGAUGUUGGGGUUGUAAUCAGUGGACGAAAAUUAGUAAUUACGUCUACACUCUUGAUCAGUUCGAACCUAAUAAAAGCCUGAUCCCUAGCAGUUAUAAAUUUGGCUAGAACCACGUGAAAGGAAAGCUAUUCGUGAUUACAGGUAUGAGUAGGGAAGAUGAGGCAACAAAGUAGAUUUCAGGAAGAAACCUUCAUAAUACAUACGUGUUUAUUGUUACAAUAUGAUUUACAACACAAAAUUAGUGGUAUGUGAAUCAUGCUUGUGCUGUGGGAACAAUGCCUGAGGGUAUGUAAUGUCCCUAUGUGGUUGUGAUUUUUCUUGGGGCUUUCUCAACUGUUACCACUAUUUAUUGGCCAAACAUUUUGUGGGGACGCCUACAAACUUCAAACAGGGUUAUAUGGAAUGUGUACCAAGGUGAGAUUAGUUCCUUUGUUGUCACUGUUAUGUGUUGUGUUACUUUAUGCAUUAAAGUUUACAUGUAAAGUGUUAUAGCCUGUAUAUUUUUAAAAUAAAUGAGAGACGCCGAUAUGCAAAAGCAAUA